GCUUCGCGCAUGGAAAUGAGUGCUGAGUCAACUGUUUCACAGCGAGCCAGCACAACCACGAGGUGGGCUGCGUCGCGCAGCCGCCUCGUCGUCGAUCCUAUAUGGAAAGUAAUCGAUGCUGGUGCUUACAAUCGUGCGUGGAGUACCCUUACCACAGAAGCCGAGCUCUAUGGAUUUGUCGGUUUCGACAUGGAGUGGACGACAAAGCUGGUAGGAGAGAGUGCGGAGCAUUGUGAGGAAGGCGGGGAGGAGGCAUCGUCAUCGCUUGCGAAACGGAAGCCGCGACGCUGGACCGGCCCUGUUGCGACGAUUCAGCUCAGCACGUUUUCCUGCACCGUGGUCGUGCGGUGGAACCACUUGCAUGCUUUGGUAUCCGGAAAUGCCAGUGAUAUUUUGCGCGAUCCGUACGCAUCCGUGUCGUCAACGUGGCCUUCGUAUCGCGUCGGGCAGAAGGCAAAUCCCGCAAGCCUUUUGCGUAAAAUAUACACGGAAGUGAAAGGACUGAUUGCGAACCCAGCCGUCUUCCUUGUCGGCGUCGGCAUUCACGGCGACGAGGUCAAACUGCAUCGUGACUAUCCGAAAGUCGUCGCACAGUCCGCGGUGGAGCUGACAGCGCUGGCAGACGCGUGCUUACCUGCCUUGGUGACCGAUAAGAGCCAACCUUCAUCCGAUUCUGAUGCGCGAAAGGUGCGCACCGACUCGCUACGAAGUCUCAAGAAGCUGUGCACCGCGCUAACCGGCAAAGAGCUUGGCAAGGACAUGUUUGUGGUGAUGAGUGAUUGGGGCGGCUGUCAUGGUGCCCUCACACCGUUGCAAAUUGAGUACAGCGCCGAAGAUGCGGAAGCGUCGUAUGACGUCUGCGGCGCCAUCUUGAAAGGCGGUGGUUUCUUACACGAUGCGUCAUCUGCUGGUGGUGCUGAAGAGGGGCAUGCAAACGCUGCCCCGUGGUGUGUUGCGAGGGGCCUGGAUUGCCGCGAAGUGUUGGCGUGUUGCACAACAACCGAGGGAAGGGAGAAUGGCGAUUGUGAGGUGAGGAGAAGGCACAACGGAGCGGCACAACACGGCUCGUCCAUCAGCGCAGCUGUGAAUGCGGAAGGUAAAGCCGAGGUUGACUGGUGCAAGGGGCGGUCAAGGCCGUACUACGACAACAUCAACGUCUACAGCCCCGGUAUGGAGCUUGUGUUCACCGUGGAUAAGGCGAAGGCGGACUGGUAUGUGAACAAAAAGGGUCUUGCCACGGUUAUUGAAUGGCGAACACCAAAUGCGCCUGAGUCGCCGUCGAGCAACCCGCUUCACUCUUCCGAUGCGACAAGCAAGCGUGAGAUGGUCGCGAUUCAGCUCAAGUUCGCACCCGACUUUGCCCGGUACAACGACGCGCACAUCCGCCGCAACCUAGAGUAUUUCAAGCAGCCCAAAGAGAACAUUUGCGUCGUCUGCGGCGAGGGCGGAUCGCUGGUGCGCUUCGCUGUUGUCCCCCUCAUGUACCGGCGGUUCUUUCCCAGCGUGUACAUGAGCCACAACAGCUACGACCUGCUGCUGCUGUGCCCGCGUUGCUUUGCAAAGGCGAAUGGGGUGUAUAAUCGGCUGCGCCUGCGCGUCGCAGAAGACUUCGGCGUUCCACUCGUACACCUCCGAGGUGAGCAGCGAGAGGCGUAUGUGAAACAGGUUCAGAAGGUGAGAGAAGAGAUGGCAGCUUUUUCGCACGCCUACGAGGUGCGGGACAGCGGUGAAGAUGCCGACCCAUUGGACACUCCCGGCAAGGACUGCGACCUCCACCCAAGGCUUAAGCUGCAGGGCAUGCUGGAUUAUCUUACGUUGACGGAGCAUCGGGAAGUGUUGGACACGGUGUUCAGCUACGCAAAAGCACUUCAUGCCCAUUAUCAGUCGCCGACUCAACGCAACAGUGGUGCGAAUACCGCACCGGGUGACGACAGCACUGCGGAAGUGACGCUGCCUUCUCCAUCUCCCCAAAACAAACGGCGAGCGAGGCGCCACGGUCACCACGUUGCCGACUCGCGCGCAGUCGAGGUGACGGCCAUCCCAGACGAGCGGCGCCGCAUGAUGGCCGAUUUCCUGUGCACCAACGCCCCAAUCUACCCGUUUUACGCGGAUCACGGGAGUGGCACGGCGGGGGCAGAGCAGGGGUUGGGGCAGACAGCGACCAGCAGUCGUGAUGGUGCUUUGGACGGCCACGCGGUGCAGAGCGCCGUGUUUUCCGAUGCGCGUGGCGGGCCGGCAUCGUCCGCCGGCGUCUUUUUCAUUCUCACCGGCUGCGUAGCCGAGGCACCGUCACUAAAGGAGGCGGAGGGUGAGACCGGUACGUGUCAACAAGAGGAUCCGAGCCGCCAUCAGUCGCGCGGCAAUACGAGCCGAGGCGUUCUCGCGCGGUACUGGCUGAAUGCGCAUCCUGAGCUAGUAUCUACGUUGCCCACCGUGACCCGCCUGGAGGAGCGUCAGCGUGAUCACAGCAGCAGGGUUGCGACGGAAAGGGCCGAGGACGACGCGGACGGCUCAAGCAGCCCCUCUGCCGACUCGCCCAUGGACAACGACUCAUCGGGUGUCCCUUACGUGGAUAGCCACGCGUUCCUGGUGGUCCAAAUGCUGCUGAAGAAGUAUGAGGGGGUCGAGCAUUGUCAGAAGACGGCCGAGCACGCGGUAGGGCAGUUUAUUUACCGGUGGCGCUCGUCUUUUGUUGAAGGAAUGAAGCCCCAGCAUCUGCCGCAUGGGUGGGUGCCGGAGGACGGCAUCUUGCGAUGA